AUGCAGGAACAUUUAUGCAGUACAGAUGUUCUUAAAUGUUACGAGCUAUUGCUUGAAUUUCCAAGCAUAGCCUGCAGGCACUUUGAGAACACUUAUUCUCUCUCAUCUUACAGCCUAGCAGCCAGAAUGAGUCUGUUGAUAGUUCUUUCCAGGGACAUCAGGUCUGCUUCUUCCAUACCUACUAAACAAUGUGAUUGUUCACUGGAGAGAGAUUAUCACUGUUGCAGCUACUUUCUAUCUGUCUGGUGCUAUAGAUGCUUGAGCAGCAAAGUACAUAGGAAGGAAGGAAAGCAGGGCUUGUGGGUAUUAGGAACCUCAAAUGCAAACUUGGGCCUAUGGCCUCUUCCGUUUGCUUGUAAACUCUUCCCUUUCGACACCAUAAAUCUCUCGAGUCAUUCAUAG